AUGUUCAUCGUCGUCGGGUUGUUCCAGAAUCUGGUACUGAUGCAGAUCUUGGGAAACUUGCAGGUGCAAAGAGGCUGGGAGCAGGCUUUCCUGCACACCGACAGCCAGACCGUGGGUAUAACGCCGCGUGAUUUGAUCCCCGACACGCGCCCUCUUCGCCCUGCUGCGGCGUACGACCACCAGAUUCAGGUUCCAGAUCCCGCCGGGUCCCGCGACGCCCAACCAAUGGCUCGGAUCGGCCGAGUCGAGUCACUUUGGCAAGGACCGGGCUGCCUUCCUGGCCAGCGCCACUCACUGGCCGCCGGCACGCGCCCGGUGGCGCAUGUCGAUGACCCAGACGCGGCGCCACCGAGAGCCGGCAGCCACCAGCUGGGCCCGCACCUGUUUGGCUUCGACUCGUUAUCUCGUCGUCUUGCAAGCGCGAUUUGCAGCAUUAGUCUGCGCGGACCGCAACGCGGUGCCGCUGGCGAAGGCGAGCGUGCUGGCCGCGUGCCUUACAGCAGCGCUUCAAAGGCCGCUCUGGGCGUGCAGCUCUGUCGGGGUUCGGAAAUCGGAAUUAGCGAGGCUGCGUACCACGCGCCACCAGUUGUCCGGUGGCGCAAGCUCAAUCCGCCGCGUCUGAUUGGUCGCGAGACGCGUGCCUCCAGCGACUCGCGAAGCCAAAAGUCGUCGCAGGUGCUGGCCGGGCCGACCGAGGAGACGCCGCUGGUGUUCGACGCGCCCGGCUCCUUCUCAGACGGGGACGGCGGCGGCCUCACUCUGCCGCGCUCGCCGCUGCGCCCCGCCUCGUCCUGGCAGUUCUGGCGCACCACGUCGCCGCCCCACCGCUUCUACCUGCUCGUCCUCAUGAGCUGCAUCCCGUUCGGCGGCCACUUCGUCAAGAACGGCAUGUCGUCGCUAGCCCCUCUGAUGCUUGAAGACGAGACCUUCCCGAUCUCCAACACCAUGUACGGCGCGCUGCUGUCGGCCGUGUCGGUGCCCAGCAUGUUUCUGCCGCUGCUGGGCGGGCGCCUCAUGGACAAGAGCGGCCACCGCAGCAUCCGCUUCUUCCUGGUGUGGAUCUGCGUGGGGCAGGCCAUCUUCGCGCUGGGCAUGCAGCUCAAGAUGUACUGGCUGGCGCUGUUCGGGCGCGUGUUCUUCGGCGUGGGCGAGGGCAGCGUGGUGGUGGGCGCGCGCGUGUUCAUCGCGUCGUGGUUCCGCAACAAGGAGCUGACGUUCGCCAUGGGCGUGAGCGUGGCCAUCACGAACGUGUCCAAGAUGCUGGCCAAGGCGACGGUGGCCCCCAUCGCGCUGUACUUCGGCGGGUACGUGCAGGCGCUGUGGUACGGCGUGCUGGUGUGCGUGCUGUCGGCGUUCGUGGGCAUGCUGGUGUGCCACUACACGCUGAACCUGAAGCGCAUCGUCAAGAGCCGCGUGAUCAGCGAGGAAGAGCUGGACCCGAGCCUGCACUGGCUCAAGGACUACGCGGACAAGAAGCGGCAGAAGCACCGCUGGCGCAAGUCGCACGCGCACGCCAAGCAGAUUUCGUGCGAGAACGUGCAGAGCUUCUCGCGCAUGUUCUGGGUCAUCGCGCUGCUGCACGUCAACUUCAUCAACGUCUUCCACCUGUUCCAGAACGUGAGCGCGAGCUACCUGUUCCAGCGGUACGACUACUCGAUCGUCAAGGCGGGUGUGGUGAGCAGCGUCUCGCACUUGUUCGUGGUGUUCGCGCCGUUCAUCGGCCUUGCCAUUGACCAGUUCGGCGGGCGUAUCCUGCUCAUUAUCUUGGCUGCUGUCCUGUCGGUGCUGGCGUACGUGUUCAUGAUCUUCACGGAGAUCAACCCACUGGUGUCGAUGCUUCUGAUCUCAGUAUGUCUGUCGUUCACGCCGACGGUGCUGAUGGCUGCGAUCCCCAACUCGGUGAGUCGCAAGAGCUUCGGCACGGCGUUCGGUAUCGUCGAGAUCACGGACGCUAUCGGCGCCACAUUUGGCAACCUGUUGGUGGGGUACUUGCGCGACGAGACCGGCAGCUACCGAGCGAGUAUGUUGAUGCUGCUGGGCAUGGCGGUGCUGGUGCUGCUGCUGGCUGUGUUACUGAUCUAUGAAGACAGCCGGAAUGGUUGGGUUCUGAGUGCCCCGAGCAAAAGGUCUCGCGCGCUUUCCGUUGACGACGAAGACCCGAUGAACAACCCGGCGGUGCUGGAGGCUCGGUACAGUGCCAACGGAGAGACGUCCCCUGUUGGAGAGCGACGUUCGACUUAGAUGCGGUGUAUGUUCGUCUAGAUCAGUCUCUGGUCUUAGAGCUUGGACCAGUGGAUGGAGCCAUUGCGCACGGCUGCAUCAUCACGGAAUCAAUCGACUCGCGCCCAUUGGUGCUCGAAAGAGCACCACUCAUUGCUGUAAAAUGUAUUUAGUUCGGUAGAACACCAUCUAAACCAAAAGGAAUAUAUGCACUGCCUCUUG